AACACAGACUCCGACAAGCCCCAAGACUGUCAGGACAUCCUUGACAACGACGAGACCACGCCCAGCGGCGUGUACAUGGUUUAUCCACGGGACAACCUGGGCGGCUUCAACGUCUUCUGUGAUAUGGACACGGACGGAGGCGGCUGGACGUUAUUCCAGAGACGCCGAGACGGAAGCGAGGACUUCUACCGGGGCUGGGCGGACUACAAGACCGGCUUCCCUUCCAACCUGAACGGCGAGUUCUGGCUGGGGAAUGACAACUUGUACCGCCUGGCUGUGCAGAAAGUCUACCAGCUCAGGGUGGAUAUGGAGGAUGCGGAGGGAAACACGGCGUACGCCGCUUACGACACGUUUGCCAUCUCACCUGAAUCACAGAACUACAAGCUCCACAUAGGGACUUACAGCGGUACUGCAGGAGACAGCUUGACGUACCAUGACGGGAAACCAUUCAGUACCAAGGACAGAGAUAACGACGAGAUCACCUCCAGCUGUGCUCAGUGGUACAAAGGUGCGUGGUGGUACACGUCAGGUUGCCACUACUCCAACCUGAACGGCCUGUACCACCUGGGUACUCAUGAGGGUAACAGCGACGGCGUCAAUUGGUACCACUGGAAGGGUAAUAACUACUCCCUGAAGCGCACUGAGAUGAAACUCCGACCAGCUCCAUAA